UUCGCUAACCUAGUUAGCGUGGACAAACUGUUUUUUAGUUUGUUUUUUUCUUAAAUGGACAACCCUGACGAGGUCUUUUUUCCCCACAGGGACAGUGUGUAUAGUAGCUAGCUAUUUUGGCGGAGGAGAAAGUUUAUAGGAGAUGCUCUCAGCUUGAUUCCGCGCCGAGGUUAAUCGGUAUGCUUUGACUAAAAAAUGUCAAAUGAAACCUUUAUCGCCGGCUAACUGUGUCCGUCCGUUUGCUCCGCGUAAUCGAUUGAGAUUCGGGAUAUUAAUGACGCUCCUCGUGCGGGAAAUGCCUGCACGUGCCUGCUUCUUCUCGCGCUCCAAGCGAACGCGCAACUGUGCAGACCACUGACGAACAGAUGAGCCUUCGAAGCAUGUGUUGAAGUGUGAGGAUUCACGCCCCAUUGACAUGUUUACCAUCAUGGGAAGGACAAGGACGACCUCAUCCCCCUGAACCUGGCUGGACAGUGCUGCUGCUGUUUGAGACUGUAAGGUCUACAGUGGGUGUAGUCACAGCCACCACGCAACCGAGGCAUCCCUGACCAGAGCUCCGAGAGAGUUAGGGCGUGGAUGACGGAAAAGUGUGAAAAGUGGAGGACUAGUGUAGUAUGACACCCUGGCUGGUAUUACUGGGACAGACCGGUUGCUGAAACCAACUUCCACCAUGUCGUGGAAAAGGAACUACUUUGCCUCUGGCAGCAGUGGGCUGCAGGGCAUGUUCACCCCACGGACCAUGAGUUCCAUCGCCCCCAGCAAAGGCCUGAGCAACGAGCCAGGGCAAAACAGCUGCUUCCUCAACAGCGCCCUGCAGGUCCUUUGGCACCUGGACAUUUUCCGCAGAAGUUUCCGGCAGCUAACGAUACACAAGUGCAUGGAGGACUCGUGCAUCUUCUGUGCUCUCAAGAGCAUCUUCGUGCAGUUCCAGUUCAGCAGUGAGAAGGUGCUGCCGUCGGACGCCCUGCGCACCGCCCUGGCCAAGACCUUCCAGGAUGAGCAGCGCUUCCAGCUGGGCAUCAUGGAUGACGCCGCCGAGUGCUUCGAAAACAUCUUAAUGCGUAUCCACUUUCACAUUGCUGACGAGACCAAGGAGGACAUCUGUACUGCCAGACACUGCAUUCCUCACCAGAAAUUUGCCAUGACUCUGGUUGAGCAGUGUGUAUGUGGCAGCUGUGGGGCGGCGUCAGACCCGCUGCCCUUCGUGCAGAUGGUGCACUACAUCUCGACCACAUCCCUUUGUAACCAGGCUGUGAGAAUGUUGGAGUGCCGAGAGAAGCCGACUCCAGUCAUGUUUGGAGAGCUGCUGAGGAACGCUAGCACCAUGGGAGACCUGCGCAACUGUCCUGGUAAUUGUGGGGAGAAGCUUCGUAUUCGGCGUGUGCUCCUGAACUCUCCGGAGAUCAUCACCAUCGGCCUGGUCUGGGACUCGGACCACUCUGACCUGGCCGAGGAUGUGAUUCACAGCCUGGGCACCAUCCUACGCCUUGGAGAUCUCUUCUACAGGGUGACUGAAGACAAGGCCAGGCAAGCGGAGCUCUACCUAGUGGGCAUGGUGUGUUACUACGGCAAGCACUACUCCACCUUCUUCUUCCAGACCAAGAUCCGCAAGUGGAUGUAUUUUGAUGACGCACACGUCAAAGAGAUUGGGCCAAAAUGGAGGGAUGUAGUGUCUCGCUGUAUAAAGGGCCACUACCAGCCGCUGUUGCUGCUCUACGCUGACCCUCGGGGCACGCCGGUGUCUGUGCAGGACCUGGCCUCUCGCCUCACCCUGCACCACUACACCAGAACCUACUACGACAGCGAGGACUCCGGCCGUGAGCCCUCCAUCUCAAGUGACACACGGACGGACUCGUCGACGGACAGCUACAGCCACAAGCCCUCACAGACACACCACGAGUCGACGGUCUCACACUUCUCCUCCGACUCGCAGGGAACCAUUGUGUGCAGUGCCGACACGUCUGCGUCCCAUGGCAGCCUCGACGCUGCGGGCCCUCUGACGGACAGCGAGUCCGCACAGCGGCACGUCCUGCGGAAAGGCAGCCCGGCAGACAGGAAGAGCGGGGUCCUUGACAGGAAGAGGAGCGCCAGUCGUCCCCGGCACUUCGAGGAGAGGAGCCACGGCUCGAAGCCUGACGAGGUGUCUUCCGCAGGAUACCACAGCGAGGGGGAAACCCUAAAGGAGCAGCAGGUCCCGCGCAACGGCCCCAAGCCCCCUUCCAGCCGCCUGCGCGAACUGAAGGACACCGUGAGCAGCAUGAUCCUCAGCCGGCCCCUCUCCGCCUCCUCCUCCUCAUCUAGCUCGGUGGCGCUUUCCGACGGCGGGGCCCGGCGCCGCGACGGGGAGGCCGAGGCCCGGGGCCGACUGGCCUGGCGGCCGCGACGCGAAGCACUCAACAUCGACAGCAUCUUCAGCCGGGAGCGCCGCCGACAGGCGGGCUACAGCCCGCUGGGUGUCCUGCCGGGCGAGGACGUGCAGGCCCCGCCGGGCGAGACACCUGCGCAAGAGUGCCACCCACCGCCGCACCCGCCCAGGCUCAUUCAGAGGAUGGAGAGCGGCUACGAGAGCAGCGAGAGGAACAGCAACAGCCCCAUCAGCCUGGACCUGCCCCUGGGCGAGGGCGCCAGCAACAGGCCACACAGGGUGACGAGCGCGGCCUCUGGGAAGCCUCCGUCUGCAGGAAGCCCCACCUGGAAGAGCGUGCACCAAUCCAAGAGCAGCAGCACCCUCCUACAAGACGUCAAAGCCUCGCUCCAAGGGAGCAGCCAUGUGAGCUUAGCGGGAGAAGGCCGGAGUGAACUAGAUGAACUGCAGGAGGAGGUGGCCCGUAGAGCCCAUGAGCAGGAGCUGCAGAGGAGGAAGGAGAAGGAGAGGGAGGCAGCCAUGGGCUUCAACCCCAGACCCAGCAAGUUCAUGGACCUGGAUGAGCUGCAGAACCAAGGGAAGGGGGACUUUGAGCGGUGUGUGCUCGAGGCGGAGGUGCUCUUAGAUCAGUCUCUGAGGCUGGAGCAGGCGGGUGAGGUCGCUGCUGCACUCUCUGUGGUAAACGAAGCCGUGUCCAAACUGCGGCACCCUGUGCAUGAGUGCGGUGUCCCUGGGCAAGGCCGGCCGGUGGCUGACCCCCUGCUGCAAAAGUGCAUGAGGCGAGCACGAAGCCUGCAGCAACACAUGCAGCAGAGACACAGGCAGCAGCAGCAGCAGCAGGAGGAGGAGGAGAGGGAGGAAGAGCAGGAAGGAAAACUGCCCACCAGUGAACAGCCUGUCCAAAUACUUCUGACAGGCAGUCAGGAGGAAUUUAUGGAAGCACUUCCGGAAGCUUCCUUAGGCCUGCCGUCACCCCCCACUUGCCCUGCCUCCACUGUCCCUCGUACUGAUGUUCCCUCUCCCAGUGCACGGCCGGAUGCACCUGCCCACCUACCCGUUGUCACAGAGCUGGCUUUUCCCCCCACUGCCAUGGCGCCCGCACACCAAUUGGAUGUCAUGGAUUUUAUUUCUCCCACACUCAGAGGUCCCACCCCCUCACCCACACUCACAGGUCCCACUCCCCCUUCUAUGGUACCAAGUCCUGCCCACACUCCCACACUCAAAGGUCCCACACCCCUUCCCACACUGACAUGUUCUGCCCCCCAAGUUGGCUCCAAAGACAGUCACAAGUGCGCUGUAGCCUCCGAUGACAGGCAGCCUGAAGAGCUGUACUUGGACUCUUGGGAGCACCCUGCCGGGAUGGGCUCCUCCAUGCGCUCGGCCAGCAUACUGGGCAGAAUCUCCACAACUGUGCUUGCUGUCAACGGCUACAUGGCACCGGCAAGCCGUGAAGGCACCACUGUGCUACUCCCCCAGUCCGGAGCUGGAGCCAGCCCCAGUACCAUCACACCCUGGGACACUCAGAGCCUCCACAUGCCUCACACACACUCGCACGCGCUUUCUUCCUCCUCGUCCUUCUCCCUCCCAGAACCCUGCAGCCCAGAGGAGAAGGGGCAAGGCUCCAGGCUCCACGCCCACCCACCUCUGCUCCGCAUGCACAGCAGGAGUCCGGAGAGCCCCCACACCAACACGGCCACCAAGGACCUUGUGCGUGACCCCCCUGCACACUCCUGCGUCUCGUCUCGCUCCCCCUCAUCCCCGCCGCAGCACCGGCUACACAUGCCCGUGGAGCGCUGGGCUGAAAACGUCAACAGAUACUACAUCUCCCAGAAUGCUUUGAGGCCACGGUGUGGCUCACCCUGUGAGGAGCUGUCUGAACUCGACUCGCUGUACAGGGCCAGCCUGCGGGCUCCCAGCAUGCCCCGGAGCCCCUGUGUGCCCAGUCCACACCCUACUGGUAGACAAGGCCCUGCUUCAGCACGUAAGCUGUCAGCUGGACCCCUGGGCCGCUCCAAAACCCCCACCGCAGAGCUGGAGAGGAGUGCCUACAGCAAAUCCUCCCACCCCAGCAACACCGCAUACAGACCUGUGUCUCCUGCAGUGUGUGCCAUGCCGCUAGGUGAGGAUGAGCAGUACAGCGCUGAGAACAUGCGCCGAAUCGCCCGGAGUCUCAGUGGGAGCGUGAUUGGGGGACAUGCCCAAACCUUGCCCUCCUCCCACAGUCUCAGUGGCAACGUGAUUGGGGGGCAGGCCAACACCAGCCCCUCCUCUCACAGUCUUAGUAGGGGUGUGAUUGGGCGAGAGGCAGACACCACCGUCUCCUCCCGCAGUCUCAGUGGGUGCAUCGUUGGGGGGCGAGCCCAGACCAUUGCCUUCUCCCACAGCUCAGACCACGCUGGCCCGCGGACGGUGAAGCACGCGGACGUGCACCACCUUAGCACCUCCCUGAAUGCUCCACCUUUCCCCCGUGCUCCUCCGCAGUCCAGCCGUGAACUCGUACACCAGCGUCUGCGUCCUGGCCAGCCGAUGUCUCUACCUCGGACGGCCUUGUGGCCCUGUGCGUUGGGGCCCUCUCGUGGACACCCAGGAGAGUCCCAGAAAGAGCUUCUGGCUUUGCCUGACCGGGGUGAAGCUGCCUCCCGCCAAAACUGCCACAAUGUUGCACUGAGCUAUGGCACGUUGCCGCGGGCUACACGAAGGCCCGCCCCCUCUGAUACUACCCUGCCCCAUGACGGGGCAGGAGCCGCCACUGCCCCCGAGCUCUGGAGCCACUCGGUUGCCAACUUCACCUCCCUGGCUCACCCCCGCCGCUUGGUCCCCAUCAAUAGAACCCUGGAGCCCCCCCAUCCGUGGCUCCAGCACCCCACGCGGCCUGCUCCAGCUGCCCAGGGUGCUCUGCCUCCUGCCCGGCCCCUGCGUCUGGACAUGCCUCCGGAGGGCGACUGGAGGACAGUGGACUACAGGGCCGGCCCCACAGAAGGCCAGGUGUUCCCUGGACUUGACCCCCGUGCCAGAGCCCUCCGGGGCCCUCCGCCCCCGCUCUGCCCUAUCUGCCAGCGGAACCCAGCUGAGGCUACUCGUGGCUGCUGCCACGCUUGCGCCGUCUACGUGAGCCGCUGCAGAGCGAGUAGCUAAAUCCAAUAGUCCCCACCUUCAGUCUCCCCUAACCACUUCCAACAGUCCCCAACUUCAGCCUGCCCUGUUGCCUGAUGAAGAAUAGCCUCUAGACGGAGCUUUAGGGCUUCACAUCUAUGCCGUGUGUGCACCAACAUGGCUAAUAGAUGAGACUUUUUAGAGCAUUAUUAGUUGUGAUUUUACUGAUUUCCAUGUAAGGGGUAGAAUUUAAUCCAUUCCUGGAGUGGCUCACCAAUGUGUGAUUUGGUAUUUAGUGCUUGGUAACAAAGCUACAAGGGUUGAACAAGGGGAAGAGGACAUUCCUCUGCAUUUUUAGGAGAACAAAAAGCACAUGUCUAAAGACUUAGAAAGAUCUUUCUAUUUUUCGAUUACUGGCUCACAGGCCUCUACUUCACAGCCGAUAUUUCCUCCUAUAGUACGGAUUACUGAAUGUACAUGGAUUACUGUACAUUCAAUAAUCCGUACUGUAGUAUGGAUUACUGAAUGUCAACCUGCUUAAUGAUGAGCAGAAUGUUAAAACAUGAACAUGAACAUUUAGAAAAUCUUGAGAAACAUUGUUCUUAAUUAGCAGUAGCAGGGUCGAAUGUUGCACUGUGAAGAGAGAUCACCAUAGUUGUCCUAGAACUGGAAAAUGCCUUCAUUUUCAACCGUGCUUGGGGUGGCACUUGCUUUUUGUACCAUUGUCAUGAGUUUCAUGACCAGCCAAUAGAGGCCACAUCUAAUACUUGGUCUCUUUCAGUGUUAAAGUCCUCGAUGUAUUCAGGGUGGAAAUAAUCACCAUUUAAAGGUCUUACUGGAAAAGGCAUGAUGAAUCUUUUUUUUUUUUUUUUUUUUUACAUCAGAAUGAUGUUACAGCUCUGCACACACAAUAGAGCUUUUUCUAUUUUUACAGUAUCAAUGGUCAGAAAGGUCAACAUGCGCUUAGCUGGAGUUUGUACAACGAUCAUGUCUGUUUUUUUCUCUUAUCAUGUCACAACACUAAACAUUUGCUUUGGUGCAUUUAUGAACAUGACUUGGAUUGUUCCAGUAAACAUUUAUUUAUUUGGUGUGAAUGCACAUCUUUACGUGUUGUCCUACCAAACUCGAAUUAUUUCCUCUUGAGCCAAAACCAGAAGACAGUAAAUGGCCAAGACACUGAAUUUGGUCGAUUUGGUUAGUGGUAAUGACGGCAAUAAAAUGUCUUGCGGUGAUUUUAUUCAAACACAAUUUGAGAAAAAUCACCGUCAUCUCUGUAACAAUAGCUACAUGAUGUAUAUGCAAUGUCACAAAACCUGCAUUCUUAAGAACCAGUGCUGUUUGCUAACCACACUUAGCUUUGCCAUUUUGCUUAACUUGAAAACUUGGUUUAGUGCACUUCACAAGUGUUACAUUAGAAAUGUGCCUCUGUUGUAACGCCACCCAUAAUUUAAUGUUUGUAUGUAUAACUGAGUAAUCUAUAGCUCUGUAUCGUAAAUAUAAAGCCUUAGAAGAGAUUCCAAAAGUUUUCUAUGCUACACUGGCACUGAAUAUUAUCAGGAUGUUCAGUUUUCAUCAAGUAUUGUACUUUAAAAUAUAGUUGUGUAAAGACGCAGAAGUGAAAAGCCUCACUUGGCUGUUGGGUUGCUCACUCUUUACCCACUCUGAGAGAGAUGAGAUCCAACACGUGGACAGCUGUUCUGGAGAGAGCAGUGCUUGAUCUAAUGGAUUAUACUUCUGUAGUUCAUAGACAGCUUUGUUUUAUGCAGUAUACCUUGUGAUACAUAUAACUGUGAAAUGUUACUCUUACUACAUUUUUAAAAAGGCAGGAAGGGAAGUACUGGGAGGCACAGUGACGAGAUCGGUGGUGGUCUUUGGACGUCAUGCCUUAAUAUCAGCAUUUCUGGUCUUUCGCAUUACAUGGAUUAAAAAAUAUUUACACACUUAGAAGGCGUUAGGAUUCAUAUGAGAAUUUAAACUUUUUUUUCCCCCAGUUAAGCAAAUUUAAAUCUAUAUUAUUUCUGCAUUAUUAGAAGGUCUUCUGUUUUUUUAAAAACACCACAGAAUGGUGUUGUGGAGUGUUCAGUCCAAGUGAACUGAAGGAGGGUCCAGAGGCCCUGAGAGCGUUGCGCCGAUGCUGGGUCCACGCGGCCUACACCACGCAGUGGUGCUCAGCACACCACACAGAUGCGUCUACUUUUUCAUUUUCUUUUCUUUUUUUCUGGAAUGAAAAACAGACGUGGCAAAAAGGUGAACAAUGUAAAUAUAUGUACAGAUAUCUAUAGUGUUCAGGCUUUAACAUGGAGAGAAUACUUUGAACCGUUUGUAAAUGCUGUGGUAGAAAAUUAAACUUGUAUUUUUCCAAUAAAGCUAAAGUGAUGUGCUCUAGUCAGGAGCGAAACAGAAA